AUGAACAAGAAAAGAACAUUUUAUUAUUUGUUCUUCUUUUUUAUUUUCCUUGUCUACAUUUUAUACUAUGAUACUAUUAAGAGUGUGUUGAGCAGUAGUACAAAAAAAAAAAAGGAAAAAAAAAUUUGUAAAGGGACCGUUUUUGUUCCUGAAGAGAGUGAUGAAGAAAUAAGAUCAUGGCUAACGAAUAGUAAUGGGAGAGAUAAGGGAAAAAAUUUGUUUACAUUUGAAAGAUUGAUAAAGGAGAGAAAAUAUAUAUGUGUAAAUAAAUAUAAAAGAAAUAAUAAAUUAAAAUGGAUCUAUAAAACUACAUAUGAUAAGACAAAGAAUAUAUGUGAUGAUUAUAAUAUUUUGUUUAAAUGUAUAAAAGGGAUAAUUUAUGAUAGAAAUAAAGAAAAUUUUUUUGAAAAUUUUUGGGAUAAUAUAUUUUAUAUGAAUAAGUAUAUUUUUGAUUUAUACUAUUAUAUGUUUGAUUAUACAAAAAAGAUAAAAAAGAAAAUAGAAGGAAUUAAGGAAAAUAUGAAUAUUAGACAUAAUAAUAAUUAUAAUAAUAUAUUUUAUGUUGAUAAAUUUUUUUUUUUAUUUAAUUAUGAUGAACAGAAAAAAAAAAAAGGAAAUGAUGAUAUAAAAAUUAAUAUAAAACUACAUAAUAAUACAAGAAAAUUGUCUGUAAGUGAAGAGAAUGUCGAAUUAAAACCAUAUAUAAAACAAGGAGAAAGAAAUGAAACAGUUGUAAAUUUAUAUGAAUAUUUUACAGGAGGUGUAAAGAGAUCAAAUAAUAAUAAUGAAAUUGUAGUAACGUCUACAGAACAAUUUCAUCGUAUUGUCAUAAUAUGUUUUAAACCUACUGUAAAACAUUCACAUAUCAUUACAAGUCCCCAUGAUGCUUUAAAUCAUAUAGUAGAAGAAAAUGACAAGAUAAAAUUAUCUGAAGAAAUAUAUUCCAUUCCUUUUUAUCCAAUAUAUGGGAAUUUAGGUUUAAAGAAUAUAAUAACAACAGGUAUUGUUGAAUUUAUGAUUCCAUAUUUUUCUAGAACGCAAAUGAAUUUUACAGUAACUUGUGCAAACGGUGAAAUUAAUGAUUUGUAUAAAUUUGAAGAUUUAAUAAAAGUAAGAAUACGUAUUCCUAGAAAUACGAAAAAAAUAUUAGGACUAAGUACAAAUGAAAAAGACAAAACGGUAUUUGAAAGGAUAGUAGAUAAUAAUAUAUCAAAUGAAUAUCGAUUUAAAAGUUAUAAUAAUAAGAUUGUAGGAAUAAAAUUAGAAAAUUCUAUUUUAGAUCCUCCUGGAUGUUUUAAAACAGUAUAUGAAGAUGAUAAAAUAUUACAACUAGAAGUAUUUUUACAAUAUGUAAAAUGUAUUAAUUUAGAUAGAGAUAAUUAUAAAAUACGUUUUUUUUUUCUUCCUGAAGAUUUUGGAGAUGAAGAAAUAGAAUUUAGUUGUAAAUUCACAUAUAAAAAAAAAACAAGUAAAAUUAUAUUUGGAUUAGGAGAAACAAGUGUAGAUAAAGAUAUAUUUUAUUUAGAAGAUGAACAUGUUAAAUUAAAUAUUGACCAAGAUAUAAGUGGAGAUGAACCAUAUUAUAGUCAUCUUAAUUAUAACGGUAUACCAUAUAAUAUUUGUAAUUUUCAAUAUAAAUCUGAAUAUGAUUCACAAGUUUGUGAAAGAACUAUACAUGAAUUUUCUUUAUUUAUAUAUAAUUGUGAUACUCUUGUGGGUACACAAAUACAAACUACUGAACCUAUAACAUCAGUCAAAUAUUUAAAUUCAACAUAUCCAAUAAAUAAAUUUAGUGACAUUACUUUAUUAAGUAAGGAUAUAGAUAUAGAAGGAUUAGAAGAAGCUUUUCGUAAUUCUAAAUUUUUUUUAACUUCAUAUAUAAACCAUGGUCCAUUCCCUUUAAUUAUAGAAUGUGUUAUAUCUAAUUCAAAUAAUGCUUUUCAAAAUGUAUAUAUUCUUCUACAUUUAAGAACAAGUAUAAAGAAUAGAAGUGUAUCCUUUUGUGAUUUUGAAAAGGUACAUGGAUAUAAUUAUUUAAAUACAUAUAUUGAUGGCAAGAUAUGUAAUAUAAAUAUUACAUCUAAUUCAGUUUUUGGUUUUAGAUGUCCAUCUAAUAGUAUAAAAGAACCCAAAGAUUGUUUUUCACAAGUAUAUAUAGAUAAAAAAGUAUAUAAAUUGAAUGACAAAUUAUCUAAUAAAUUAAUAUUAUAUUCUAUGAAACAAGAAAAUCUUGCUAUAGCUGGUUUUAAUAAUUAUAUUUCCAAGUCUUUUUCUUUUGAAUGCUAUUGUAUAGAUAAGAAUCAAACCUAUUCUUCUUAUGAACGUACAUCAGGAGAAGAUAUAUUCAAUCAUAUUGUAAAAAGAAUACAUGUUUAUUAUAAGAAUUAUGAUGAACUUUAUGAUUAUAAUAUACAUGAUAAAAUCACAUAUGAACCUAUUAUGAAAAACCCACCUAUCACAUACUUAUGUGACUUUUUAAAUAAGAAACAAAUAUUACAACCUUUAAACAAUAAAACGAAAAAUUAUAUAUGUACUAUAUGGUACCCAAAACCUUUAAAUUAUAUAGCAUUAAAUUGCCCAACUAAUCUAAGGGAUGAACAAAACGAUCAAACUAUUUCAGAAAUAUAUAAUUCUUUACAAAAAGAUUUAUUAAAACCAACUGGAAUCGAACAACAAAUCGAUCAAAAAAAAAAAGAAUUAAAUUUGUUAUUUAACAAAAGAAAUAUUUAUUCUAAUUUGUACCAUUUACCAAAAAAUGCUCCUAAACGUACUAUAAAUAAAAAUGGUUUAAAUAUUGUAAAUAUUGAUGAAAUAAUACCAGGCGUUCUAAUUAAAGAUGUCAUUAAUAUGAAACUUGAAGAUAUAAUCAAACCUGACCUAUUAACACCCAACAGUUUUUUACACAAAACAUAUAAUACAAACAAAUCAUAUCUUUUCUCAAAACAAAAUAAAUCCACAUCUGGAUCUAUUACACCAUCUAUAUAUACCCCGUUAAGUCAGACAAGCUUUUUUAUAUCUCCAAAAUCAGUGCCUUUUACCAAAUCGAGACUCGAAGAAACACAGAGUAGUAGCAAUACAUACGAACAAUAUAUAGGGAAAAAAAAUAGUAUAGAAAAUGGAUUCUUUAUAUUUCAACUACCUCCAUAUUUAAAAAAAAAUCAAACAAUAGAGUUUGCAUGCAUUAAUGAUAGCACAAGAAAAAAUAAGAAUGUAGGAAAUAAUGGCAUUAUGACUAUACAUUUAAAAUCUUAUGGGAAUCAAAUAGAAGGUUGUUAUUUUUAUAAGAAUUCUGCAAAAUAUAAUUAUUUAAAAAAGAGUAUAAAAAUAGAUGAUCCGAAAAAAGAAGAGUGUAAUAUAAGAAGUGAUGGAGAAAUUGAAUUUGUAGGUAUUAUGUGUCCAUAUGAAAAUAAUUUAUAUUUAACACCUUCUAGUUGUUUUUUUAGAACAUAUGAUAAUACGGAUAAUUUAGUUGAAAUAUUUGAUAUCAAUGAAAAUUUCGAAUAUUAUUCUAAUGAUAAAGGUAUAUCAUAUUUAAAAAUUCCUCAAGAAUUUUUUAAUCAUGUUCAUUUAUUUUGUUAUUGUAAUGUUGAUAUAGAUAGUGUUUCAGAUAAUCAUGUUCUUUUGAAAAAAGAAAAUAAAAUAAGUUUAGAAUUAAAUUAUUCAAAUAAAGGUUUUAAUAUUAUCAAAACUAUUGAUUAUCAAUAUGAAGCUGAUAUACUUAUAGGGUAUUCAUAUUAUUUUAAGAGAGUAACACCUAUUUAUCGAAAAAAACAUAUAUGUGAUUUUACUACAGAAGAUAAUUCUUUAGAACCAGAAAGUGAAGAUAAAAUGAUAUACUCAUGUUAUUUAUCUUUAGAAGAUAAUUUAAAUUUUAUAGAAGUUAAAUGUCCAAAAAAUAAAAAAAGUUCGAAUUCAGAAUGGUUAUUUAAAUAUGGUACUUUUGAUAAAUCUUCAGAAAUAAUUGAAGAUGAUGAAAAUAUAAAAAAAAAAUAUGAACACAUGAAAUAUAUGCCUGAAGAUAAAGAUGAAAUAAUAUAUUUAUUUAAAAAACAAAAACUUGAAGAUAUCUUACCAGGUAUAAUUAUACUUGAUAAAAAUAGAUAUUUUUUUGAAAAAGGGAAUUUUUCUUUUGUAACACCAUUAUUUGUAAAAGAAGAUGUUACUAUUAAAUUAUUAUGUGAUAAUUCAGAAACAAAAAUUAAUGAUAAAAUAGGUAAAAAAGGUAUUAUUCUUAUUAAAAUACCACAACAUAUUACAGAUAAAAAAUUUUAUGGUUGUGAUUUUUCAGAUGAUUCAAAUAAGAAAUCAUCAUUUUAUUAUACAUCUGUUUAUAAUUUAAAAACACAAAAUCAAUAUUGUGAAAUUAAAUUAAAAGAAAAUAUUAUUAUAAGUUUAAAUUGUCCUAAUGGUAAUAUUAAUCCAAAUAAUUGUUUUAAUAAUGUUUUUUUAAAAACAAAUAUGAACGAACAAAUACAUGAAAAUAUACAAAAUAUAUUUGAUCAAGUUAAAGUUAUUAAUACUAAAUCACAUCUAUUAUUAAAUAAUUCAUCUACAUUUUUAAUUAUAUCCAAAAUUACAAAAAAAGAAUUAAAUUUUUUUUGUACUUGUCAUCAUAAUGAAACUAAAAAUGUUGGAACAAUAUAUAUAAAAAAUGAAGAUAUUAUUAACUUUUCAAAAGCAUAUAAUAAAGAAUCAUCAAGUAUAUUACAAUAUAUAGAUGUUACACCAUAUUAUUUAAAAGAUACAUAUAUUUGUGAUUUUACACAAAAUCAUUAUUCAAUAUCUUUUGAUACCUCUGUAAAUGUACAAAAUGUUUUAGAAAAAUAUUUAAAAAUAUCAUCAGAUCUUUAUAAUACACAUAAAGAAUUCACCUAUUUUAGUAUUCAUUUAAAAUUAAAAAAAGAAAUUAUGAAAAAAAAAUAUAUUGAUUAUUUAAAAAAAAAAAUUAAUGAAUAUAAAGAGAAACAAACUUCUGAUAAAAUCAAACGUGUAACACUAUCAACUAAUGAUAAUAUAAAUACUAUAUUAGUAUAUAGAUGUAAUAUAGAUCUAGGUUCUUUUGAUAAAUUCAAAAUCAAAUGUCCAAGCAAACUUAUUGAUGAAGUAGAAAAUAAUAAAUUAUAUCCUAAUCUAAUAUAUAGUUCUAAUUUAGGACUAAAUGAAACAGAUAUGUUAAAUGGAUUGACCAAAUUAUUAUAUGGUUCUGUUUUAAUAAAUAAAACAGAAAAAAAUGUUUCUUUCUUUGAAAAAGGUGAAUUAGAAUUAAUAAUUUCUCCUUAUACUGAUUCAUCAAAAAAUAUUAUUUUCUCAUGUGAAAAUGUUCCUAGAAAUAUAUCAAAAGGAAUUAUAGGUUCUGCAUCUAUUUUUAUUAAAAAAAAUGAUAACAAAAUUUUAGGUUGUGAUUUUAUAGACACACCGUCAACGUUAGAAUCAUCUUAUGGCGCAUAUCCAUCCUCACCUUUAUCAUCAUCUCAUGAUGUAUUACAUGCGAAUAAUCAAGGUCAUGAGGUACAUAUGAUAAACCAUAUAGAUAUUCCCAACAAGAAAAAUUCAUUCGAAUUCGAAAUUGAACUCGUUGAAGGAAAAAAUACAUAUUGUAAUAUCGAAGCUAUAGAAAAUGAUAUUGUCGGAUUUAGCUGCCCCUACAAUUUUCUUACAACACCAAGAGAUUGUUUUGAAUCUAUACAAAUUGAAGGAGUAGAUAAAGAAUUAGAAACACAUAAGUUAGAGAAAUUAUUAAAAGGUGUUAAAAUAUUAAAUAAUGAUAUAUAUAAAUAUAAUUUCACACCUUCAUAUAUUAUUUUGCCUAAAAAAAUUAAAAAAUCACUCAAAAUUUUUUGUAGAUGUAAUUCUGUAAAAUUAAUAAAAACAGGUAUUAUUCAAAUUAAUAUUAUAGGAGAUGAUCUAAAUAAUUGGUUUAAAAAAGAAAUUACACAUAACAUAUUUGCAUAUCAAAAAAUGGAUUAUUUUUAUGAUUUUUCAAAAGGACCAACAAAUAUAAGCUCUGAAAAUGUCUUAGGCAUAUCUACAAUGUCUCUUAUGUCUUCAAACAAAAAAGUAUCAAGAAAAAAAAAUCACAAGGAGAAAAAUAGGACACACCAAAAUGAUUAUAAAGAAAUUGAAAACGAUCAUAAAAAUAUAAAUCAAAGUGUAAAUAAUUACCAUAAUUUUCCUGUUACCUUAUCAUCAAGUGAUGACCAUGAAGGUUAUCCGCAUGAUGAGGACAUCGGGGGGGAGGAUGAUGAUGAUGAUGAUGAUGAUGAUGACGAUGAUGAAGAGAAUAAUAUUCUUAACCCUCUUAGAACUAAACAAGUAUACGAUAUAAUCGUAGCUGCUUCAGAGUUUAGUAAAAUCGAAGUUGUGUGCCCCUUAAGAAAUUCUUCUCAAUUCAGACAAUCCAAAAUUAGCCCUGAGAAUUUUUUUGAGUAUGUUUAUGUAUUAGAAGAUAAAAAUGAUGAUAAAAGAAAGAGAAGUAUAGAAGAAAAUGAAAAAUUAGUUAAAGAAAUACUUGAAGGGAAAAAAAAUAUAGAUGGAGAUAUAAUAAGUAUAGAAGAUAUAAAUAAUAAAAAGAGUUCAAAAAAUGCAUCAGUACAAUAUGAUGAUAUGGGAAAUAAAAUAUUUAUAUCUAUAAUUUCAGAAAAACCUAAAGCCGUUAUAGAAGAUAAUAUAUUAUCUAGUGGUUCUUCUAUACACAUAUCAAAUAAUAUUAUGAAUAGUUCAUUUCAAAGUAAUAUUCCUACUGAUCCUAUUAGUUCAGAUAGUACGACAUCAGAAUAUGAGCAAUAUAAUAGUUAUUUUAAAGAUAUAUUAGUUAUAAAAAAUAUAAAUGAAGUUAUAUCAUAUGCAAAUAUAAAAAUAGAUAUAAAUGAACAAACAUAUUCAAGUUCAUUACAUAUACCACCUCUUAUUUUAAAAGAUGCAGAAUUUUUAAUUUCAUGUGAUAAUUCUUUAACAUUAAAUGAAAGUACACGAGGGAAAACAGCUACUGUAAAAAUAAAAGUUAAAUCUAAUUUUUUAAAAAUAUAUGGAUGCGAUUUUGUAGGGGAAUUUUCAACGAAUUUCUUAUUUAGCAAAAAAUGGGAUGAUAUACCAAAAAAUUAUAUAUGUAAAAUUAAUAUACAAGAUGAUAUGUUAAUAGGUUUAGCUUGUCCAAGUUUUACAAAAUUACAUCCACCAGAUUGUUUUGAAAAUAUCAUUGUAAACCAAAAUGUUUAUAAAAAAAAUAUUAUCAUGGAAACAAAAAAUAUGUUUUUUUAUAAACAAAAUGAUAAACCUAUCUUAUCAUUUGUUCAUGUGAAAAAAAUAUUAGUAGAAACAUUUUUAUGUAAAUGUUAUCAAGUAACCAAGGCAGAUUAUAAAGAGGUAACUAUCCAAAUAUUAUAUGAGCCUUAUGUAAUGGGAACACCUAAAUAUACUUUGGAAAAAUCUAUAAUACAAUAUAGGUAUGCUAAUUUAAAGCCACCACUCCACAUAUAA